CAACUCGCCAUAAGCAAUGACGCGAGAUAGAAUCUUCUUAUAGUAUAAAUAAGAGAGCAGUAUGGAAGAGAGAAGAACAGAGGGUACGAAUUCUUUGUUCUCUGGUUUUGGGAGGGAAUGGCUCAAUCGCCUCUCCUCACUCCCUACAAAAUGGGACCUUUCGAUCUUUCCCAUAGAGUAGCGCUGGCACCACUGACGAGGCAGAGGUCCUUUGGCAAUGUCCCUCAACCCCAUGCGAUCUUAUAUUACUCUCAGAGAGCCUCCCAAGGCGGUCUUCUAAUAGCUGAAGCCACCGGAAUUUCAGAUACCGCCCAGGGGUAUGCAUCCACACCUGGAAUAUGGUCCAAAGAGCAGGUGGAAGCAUGGAAACCCAUCGUAGAUGCAGUUCACGAAAAGGGUGGUAUCUUCUUUUGUCAAAUUUGGCAUGUCGGGAGGGUUUCAAAUUAUGAUUUUCAGCCUAAUGGGCAGUCUCCAAUCUCAUCUACUGAUAAACCACUAAAGCCUGUAGUCCGAGCCAAUGGUAUUGAUGUUUCAACUUUCUCUCCUCCUCGGCGCUUGUCAACAGAAGAAAUCGCAGGUGUUGUCAAUGAUUUCAGGAAAGCAGCAAGGAAUGCCAUUGAAGCUGGCUUUGAUGGAGUUGAGAUCCACGGAGCUCAUGGAUAUUUAAUCGACCAAUUUCUAAAGGAUCAAGUCAAUGAUCGAAUUGAUAAGUAUGGUGGCAGCCUCGAGAAUCGCUGCCGCUUCGCGCUGGAGGUAGUUGAAGCUGUUGUCAAUGAGAUCGGUGCCAACAAGGUCGGCAUAAGGCUGUCUCCAUUCGCCGCCUACUCCGAAGCUGGGGAUUCAAACCCAGAAGCACUCGGCCUCUACAUGGCCAACUCACUUAACAAAUAUAGGAUUCUCUACUGUCAUAUGGUGGAGCCUAGGAUGAUUACAGUGGGCGAGAAGAUAGAGACUCCCCAUUCUCUCUUCCCAUUGAGGAGAGCAUUUAAGGGAACAUUUAUAGUUGCAGGAGGAUAUGACAGGGAAGAUGGGAAUAAGGCCAUUGCUAGUAAUUAUGCAGAUCUGGUUGCAUACGGUCGGGUGUUCUUGGCUAAUCCUGAUCUUCCUCGAAGGUUCGAGCUCGAUGCUCCUCUUAACAAGUAUGAUAGGACCACCUUUUACAUUCCUGAUCCUGUUAUUGGUUAUACAGACUAUCCAUUUCUUGAUUCUAAACCUUAAAGAUCAUUCUUCUGUUAAAAAUAUUACUAUAUCGGUUGUAAAGAUAAGUUACAACGCAAUAACUCUUGUUGCAUUAUACCUUAUGUUAGUUACUUCCUUUUCCUUAUUAUAAGGGUAUAAUCCCUAUGUACUUUGAAUCUAGCAUUUAUUAAGAAAAUGCGCCUUUAUUUGUU